AUGGCGACUUCAACUUCAGAAUCGUCAACCUUCACUGAAGAGUGGCUGCUAGGCCCUGAAGACACCCACUUCUACACGCGCACGUACACCGCGUCCUCCCCACGCGCAGUGGUACUCUUCAUUCAUGGAUUUGCUGAGUAUGUUGGGCGAUAUGAGUGGGCCCACGGGAUUUACUCGUCUCGCGGAAUCACGGUCUUUGCAUUCGACCAGCGGGGCUUUGGUCGAACGGGAAUGGAUGAAGAGAACAGGAGCCCAGGGAGUACGUACUGCAAGACGACCUUUCGGGAGCAGUUCGCGGACAUCGAUUGGGCUCUGAAGCUUGUUCAUAAGCGAUUUCCGAAGCUGCCGAUAUUCUUGAUGGGUCACUCGAUGGGAGGAGGUUUAUCAUUAGGUUUUCCUACACGCACCUCUCCGCCUCCAACACAAGAGAGCAUAUCACUCCUAUCCGGUGUCGUAGCCACAAGCCCUCUAAUUGUACAGCCCUCCCCUGUGCCACGGCCCGUGCGGUUUGUGGCCGGCAUGGUUGGGAAACUGUUUCCCCUGAUGCUUGUACCUGCGCCUGUGAACUCAGAUGCGCUAACUCACGACAGGAUGGUCAACGAAGCAGCAGAGAAGGAUCCUAUGUGCCCGAAAACAGUGUCCUUGAAGGCGCUUGACGAAGUCCUCGGAGGAUGCGAACAGGUACUUGGGAAGGAUUACACACAUUGGCCAAAGAAUCUCCCUCUACUCCUCGUGCAUGGUACUGCAGACAAGAUGACCUCCUAUGCCGCGUCACAAGAGUUCUUCGCGAAGGUUGACGCGCAAGACAAAGAGUUCAAGGCGUUCGAGGACGGGUAUCACGAACUUGUUCAUGAGCCCGAUAGCGUGAAGGAGAAGUUUGUGGACGAGUGCAUCCCCUGGAUUUUAGCGCACAGUAAGCAGACCUAG